AAAUGAGCUCCGUAUAUAGCCUAUUAAUAAAUGAGGUAAUCAUUCGAAUGGUAAACACAUUUGAUUCUGUUUUGGAUUUGGUUCUUCUAAGCUUAAUUUCGUUAUUUGAUUAUCGCGAUAAAACAAAAAUGACAAAUGAAUCAAAAUCAUCGACUAACAAUAUUCAACAACAACAACAACAACAAGAACAUGAAGAUUUUGGUCCACGUGUUAAAGGUGUAACAAUUGCCAAACCAAUUGUUUAUGGUAAUGUUGCACGUUAUUUUGGACAUAAACGUGAUGAUGGCCAUACACAUGAAUGGAAAAUUUAUCUACGUUUUUAUAAUAAUGAAGAUCCAUCUGGUUAUAUAAAAAAAGUUCAUUUUAAACUGCAUGAUUCAUAUCCAAAUUCGCUACGUGUAUGCGAAGAACCACCAUAUGAAGUUGAUGAAACUGGUUGGGGUGAAUUUGGUGUUGCUAUACGAAUCUAUUUUAAAGAUCCAAAUGAACGUCCAUUAAAUCUAUUUCAUGUGCUGAAAUUAUUUAAAAUUGAACCAGGUGCUGCACCGGAUGGUGGCCCUAUGCCUGUUUUUACUGAUUAUCUUGUUUCGGAAUUUUAUGAUGAAAUUGUAUUCUCUGAUCCAUCAAGAACAAUGUUACGUUUAUUAAAAUCUGCACAACAAUUACCACCAAGUAUUGCAACAAGAUCUGAAACUGAUUUUGAAAAGAAAAAAUCCGAAACAUUACAAUCAUUAAUAUCGGCAAAAAAUAGACUUGGUUCAGAAAUCGAUGAUCUAAAACGUCGUAUCCAGGUUACCAAAGAUGAAAUUGUUAAAUAUCAAUCAAAUGUGAUCUAAAAAAUGAUUGAUUAUGGCGCUAUUAUUUUACUUUGUAUUUUUUUUUCUUUCUAUUUAUCAAUUAAUCAA